AUGGAUUCUAUUGAGAAGCCACAGGCUACACAAUGGAAAUCAAAAAAGGAUGAAAACAAAACAAGAUUUUCUGAAAAAGGAUCAAAACUCCGAACUAUCUCAAACUCAGAUGAAAUAACUGCUCCUCUGGACAUAUAUGAUCCCUUGAUCAAACCCAAAAAUCUUGUGGUAAUUGAUGAUCCUGAUUCCGCUGAGGCCGAAGGAACUUCAAAAGCAACCAUUCAGAAGCGAGCCUUGACCACCAGGACCUCACUAAAUCUCGAGGACAUCAAAUCUCUCAAAACAAUCUCAAACAUCUUCAACAACAACCUCCGACAGACAAGUCACCAGCAGAAGCACACAUAUGAAAGGUUCAGCAGUGUAGGAGCACAAACACCAUGUUCCAGAAGACAACAAAGUUUUAUCGAUAGUAUUGAAACUAUUGGGCCUCACUCACUCAAUCACUCAUUCCAUCACUCACUAAUGAAUCCUCAACAUAUUUCCGAGAUAGAUGGAAAUAAUGGAGUUGGGAUAGAGAAAGCACUUGGGCAGAUCGCAGGAAAAAGCGAAUUGGAAUCAAAUGGUUCUGUCUUUCAUAUAGAUGAUUUGGAACAAGCAGAGACAAAUAACAUCCAAAAAGUUUCACAUCUUGAGAGCAUUGAACUAUCCGAUUCCGAUGCUAGUAACAAGAAAUCAACAAUUGUACACAUCAAUGAUGUGGAUGGUUUAGAUGAUCAUAGUGCAAUAAUAACUGCGGUUGAUGAUGAUGCGCAGGAGCAAGGAACUCCAGACCCAAGCAAGACUACAAAGAAGAACGAGUGGGAUUUUGCACGUCGUUACAGGAAACAUACCAACAAUCCCCAGGUUUCCCGAACCCCCCAAGCCCCCAAAGCAGUCACCCAGACAAAUACAAACAUGGCCAGAACUUCCCCCCAAGGUCCAAUAAAGCCAGUGAAUAGGCUGGGGAAUCCACAAACUGCUGCUACACCUUCACACAACAGGGGAUUCGACCCCCAUUCUGGUGGAUCCUACAAAAGACGAAAAACCGAGGCUUCUUCUUUCACCAGAAAUGGCAUGAUCAGCAAAGACAUCAAUCUCGAUCAGGAACCCAAACAGGAUCAGAGACAUGUGAGGCAGAAUUCCACAGAGAGUCAGUACAAUAACUCCUCUUACCUAGAAUUUGGCCCCGAAAGGAAUUUUCCAGAUUACCGUGUAAAAGAAUACCAAGCGGUCCAUGAUUUAGUGCAGCUAGGGAAAAAAAAAAGCACACACAGCCAUAAAGUUAACCGCAAAGUAGGAAGCCAGGAUUCUAUCAAUGGAAACAGUGGUUUCCGAGCAGAACAGACGGCCAAUGCUAAGAGGAUCGUAAACAGUUCACAUUUACGUAAUUCCGAAGACCCUAUUGAAGAUGAGCUGCAGGCUCCAGAGUCUACGCCCAAAAUUACUCCUCGAGUGGAAACUCCUUUCAAUGGCAAUGCACACCUUCCACCGGGACGUCAAUUUCCACAUUCAAGAGCAAAGGGACCUUCAAGACCAUUGAACUUUCUGCACUCACAGCCCUCUAGGCAGAUUUCUCUCAAUUUAAUGCAAAAUAGACGCGCGUUGGGCGACUUACCAGUAGAGGAUGGCAGUGAGGAUGAGCUCGCUAAAGAAAACUGGCCUGAGGUGUCGAUUAGAAGAGAGGCUGACGAAUCCUAUGACAAGAAGAAGCUCUAUGAUGACGGCGGUGAUGAAAGCUACGAAUAUGAGCAGAGCCUAAGUACAGAGGGAGAUAUUGCACGCACAGACUUUGGCAAGUGUGGGAACGGCAACCAAAAAGAACCACGGCAGGAAAUGUCCGAGAAAUAUAGAGUCAUCAGCCUCUUUUCGGAGAGUGAGUAUUGGGUUGAUCCAAAGUCGUCCUUGGGUGAUUUUUUCAUGCUUCAAGACAUACAUACUAGAGAUCUGACACUUGUUGAUGACUCGGGAGAAUUUGUCAAAAGUUUCGUUAUCACAUCAGAAUCUAUCAAAAAGCUCAAACGCUCUCAGGGGUCUUCUAAGAUUGUACUCUGGAAGUCUUCAGAUCGUAUCAAUGUUAGAGGCCCUAGGAUAUAUAUUGAGUUCUACAAUGAGCUUAUUGCUAAGACUGCGGGAGAUGCUUUGGAACAGCCAGGAAUGAAAACAAUAUGGGAGAUCUCGACGCAAAUGGAUAGCAUAUUCCACCAUGUUCGCGAGGAGCUCACAAAGUUUUUGAGACAGAGAGCAGCACAGAAACUUAAGCAGGAUCUCGCUCAACCUGAUGAUAUUAAAUUAAUGGUUGCCAAUGAACACAAGCGGAUCGGCCAAGGUGACAGGGAAGGCGGCAUGGAUGUUGAUGGACAACGAAGGACUCGAAAAUUCGGCUCGCGGAACGAAGAUAUCGCCUUGAAUCCACCCAAGAGGCCCAAGCUCAUCCAUGCCAUGCAAACUGAAUUUAAUGCGGGUGGUCACAAAGUCCGGUCGAACAAGUCUGAGAUUAGCCCGGCAAACUUUUAUGACGCACCAAGCAAGGCCACUGGAAGUCGUGCAUCAUUACGAAGCGCUGACAAGCCUGAGUCAUACAAAACGGCGCCCAAGGAAAGAACUCCCAGUCCAGAACCAGAACGUUGGUCACAAGUCAAUACAGGUUGGGUAGAGGAUUGGCAUAAAUCUGUCGUAUAUCCUAAGACCGGUAAAAAAACUGCUACUGUCGACAAGCAAGAUAUUUACAGACUUGAUGAAGGGGAGUUUUUGAACGAUAAUCUUAUCAUGUUCUAUCUUCUCUGGCUCGAGCAGCAACAUCCGAAGUUGACUAAUCGGGUUUACGUCCAUAACACGUUUUUUUACGCAAGCUUAACUAAGACUGUAAGAGGCAAGAGAGGGAUCAAUUAUGAAGCUGUUGAGCGAUGGACAGCGAAAGUUGAUCUUCUUACAUAUGAUUAUAUUGUUGUUCCCGUCAACGAGAACGCUCAUUGGUAUGUGGCGAUCAUAUGUAACGCACCCAAGCUUCUCGAUACAGAGACCAAGGAGCAGUUGCAAUCUGUGGAGAAUGGUGCGAAUAUUGAGCUGGAUAGAGGUAGAGGAAUAGAGUCUCGUGAUACGAGCAAGCCUAUAACACCAUCUGAAUCGCCGCAGCCCACCCCUAAGAUAUCUGUAAAUGAUACACAUAAUACUGGAGUUGACAACAGUUUCGAACAUUUAUCAUUGUUCAACACAACGGAAAAUGAAACUCCCUUGGAUGUCGAACCUGCGGAAAGCGUCCCUCCUAACAACCACGGAUUGCCCUCUGUCUCACCGGAAGUUGAAACCGGCAACGCCGCCUCAAGCAAGUCUGCCACGCAUGUAAUCAAUCUAGCACAAUCAAGCUCGCCAUCAGCAAAGGCGGAUUCCGCGGCAAAGGGCAAGAGACGUCUUGCAACUCGCAAUUACGACCCAAAGCAACCUAGAAUCAUCACUCUUGAUUCGCUUGGUUUGAAGCACUCUCCUACGUGUGUCAAUCUGAGAGAUUAUAUGGUUGCCGAAAUCAAAGCAAAGAAAGGCACCUUAAUUACACCCCCGAAAAAUCUCGGCAUGGCAGCAAAAACACAAUCAAUAGAUGAAGGCACAGGAAGAUAUCUAGGCAAAGGACUUCCUUUACAAGGCAACUUUUGUGAUUGCGGCGUCUACCUCCUAAGCUACAUGGAGGAAUUCUUUGAACGUCCCGAUGGCUUCAUAGAAGACAUCAUGGAGAAUAAGCACGAAGUUGAUGGCGAUCGGAAUGAUGCACCGGCAUUUCGUGCCAAGAUUCGAGAGCUUCUCUUCGAGCUUCAGGCAGAACAGGCACGAGGAUCGGAGGCAGCUAAAAAGACGAAGCUAGCAAAAAGACGGAAGGAUGCCCCACUCAUGCCCAUUGACAAGACUGAACCGCCUAACCUCCAAACAGCGUCCCUUUCUGCAUUACGCAGUUUCAGACAACAACCUGUCUCCGAUAUUUCUACUCGAAAUGUAGGUCGUAAUCAUGAUACUUUGACGGACGCGGCAAGGAUGGCCCAAAAUCCAGCGCAAAAUCUCAAGAGUGAAGAGGUCAUCAGUAUUGGAGAUAGCCAGGAUAUUUUUCAAGAACAAUGCGUAGAAGAGUCUACAUUAAGUCGAGUUAAGAAUGUAGACAACAGGACAAUUAAAGAGAGAUCUAGAGCAAGGGGUCGUGACAAAGACCCUCGCCAAACUACGAAUUCUGCGGUCAAAUAUGGCCCUUCCGAACCUCCUGUACGCGUCGAAAUCCCUGAUUCUUUCGAAGAUCAAGAAAGCACCCAGGAAAUUGCGAACCGCCAACCAUUGGCUCAACAACCGAAGACUGUCGUUGAGCUCGAUCGAGAUGGGGACAAUGAGUCACAGGUUGGUGAAAGUCUUCCUGGUUCGGACUCUCAAGGUGCUACGAAUGGUAUUGGCAAGGUUGUCGGCAAGAUCCUUUACGACUUUUUUCUACCAGGCAAAAAGGAUGAUGUUGGUCAAACAGCCUCAAAAGGCAGGGUCUCGCGUCCCAAACCUGUACCCGAGUCUCAAGGGCAGGACGGUAUUCAAGCUUUAGAAAACCCAUCCCAUAGUGUGGACACACAUUCUGGCAUGAACUUACCUCGACGACUGAAUCACAGCACGAAAUCGAGGCAGUGUUUCCAAGCUUUACGUUCACCAUCACCGGAUCUAGAUAACUCAAGAGUGUCACAAUCGAAGAAAAUGAGCUUCAGUAGCAAUCAUGUUGAUCUGGUCAGUAGUGCCAAGAGCGAAAAGAGGAAUGAUAACAGGGUGGAUUUGACUGAAGAUGGUCACGACGAAAUGCUUCUAGAUCAAACCAAUUUCCCCGACGUACAAGAAAUUCCAUCUUCCCCGCUGUCAGCUGGUUCACGAGAACGCGAUCAAUCAAGCAGGCAACUCACUCACUCAGGAAGAAAGGACGGAGAGAAAGACCCGGGCCGCUUUCGUCAUCCAGCGGCCGAAAAGUUUGUAGGCCAGCGACAGUUGUCCGGGCGAGAUCCUGCAGAGGAAACAAUGAUUGCUCAGUCCAAGGGCGAGAUCCUGCAGAGGAAACAAUGA